AUGGCAUGCGCGUCCCCGAUCGCGUCCCCGAUCGCGUUCCCGAUCGCCCCACACCCUCUAAAGGCCGAAAACUCCACUCACCGCCUCGCAGAACGGAAGAGCUUGGAAUUCAUUCUCCAGGUGUCGCUGGCGAAUCUCCACUUCGUCAUCCACCAGAUGUCUCUAGUCGAGGUGGAUGACAGGAUGGAGGUCUGGAAAUCCGAGGCUUUGUGCGGGGCUGCAUCGGCAGCGGCGGAAAUGGCGUGGCUCUCGCGGUGGGAGAUGGGACGAGACUGGGGGAUUCGAGAGGGCGCUGGGUCCGUCCGAAGGCGCUUGGGCGGCGGCUGGGAUGUCGAUAAAAGGGGAGAUGCGGUGGGUGACGUCAUCAGUCGGUUGGGGAAGUCGGUGCUGGACGCGUUGCUGCGAGGGAGCGGGGAGGAUGUUCGACGCCGCGUCGGUGGAGGGAAGACCGAGGCGUCGGAUCCGUUCGGUGAUGGUUACCCGAAGGACAAGAAGGUUGUCAUUCCACAGAUGUGGACAAUUAAUGACCUGUAUGAAAGGGAGAAAAUGAGCCGAAGUUUCCUACUUCCUCAAGCCCAUAUGAAUGCUUCAUUAGCCAUCAGGCAGGAGAUCCAGCGCUUCGAGAGUGUUCAUCCCUCAAUCUACGCCAUCUACGAUUUGAUAGAAAUGAUUCCUGAUCCUCUACUUUCUCAACAGAUCAGGGAACAUGUUGUAUCUAUAGAAGAUAGUUUUGUGAAUUCUCAGGAGUGGACGGUUUCAAGGGGUGUUCCAGAUCUCCGACUAGGUAUUGUUGGCUCUUUAUCAUCAGGGAAGUCAGCACUUGUUCAUCGGUAUUUGACAGGAUCCUACAUGCAAGAGGAAAGUCCUGAAGGAGGUCGCUUCAAGAAAGAAGUUGUUCUUGAUGGCCAGAGUUACCUCCUGCUCAUUCGAGAUGAAGGUGGUCCUCCUGAGUUUCAGUUCACAGCCUGGGUGGAUGCUGUGAUCUUCGUGUUCAGCCUUGAGAAUGAGGCCAGUUUUAAUGCAAUAUACAACUACUAUUCCAAGAUGUCCAACUUUCGGCAUCCAUCAGAGAUACCAAUCAUUCUGGUUGGGACUCAAGAUGCCAUCAGUGAGAACAAUCCCCGGGUGAUAGAUGACUCUCGUGCUAGGCGUCUUGCUGCUGAUCUCAAAAAGUGUGCCUACUAUGAGACAUGUGCUACUUAUGGCCUGAAUGUUGAGAAGGUUUUUCAAGAUGCAUGCCAGAGAAUUGCAAACCAGAGGCUAGGGUACCAAUCUCGACCAUCUACUCCAAACCAGACUGGAAGACCAUUCCAGUUCUUAGGCUCACCCAGCCUAGGCAAUAGUCCUAGUUUACACAAUGUCAACUCUUUGCCACCUGCUGUAUCUGGAUUAGCCAUCUCCCAAACCUCAUCAUCAUCUGCCUCAUAUCCAAGGGAUUCUCCUCCAACAACAACAGGACGGUUUGCAAGCGCAGAAGUUCCUGGAGGGGCAUGCUCAUUAGAUCCUGGGAAACCUCCAUCAGGAAGAGGGAAUGAGGAGAGAAGUUUCCCCACAGGAGAUUCUAGUCCCAAAGACCAACUACCCACACCAAGUUCAACUCCAACCACUGCCAGGAAAAGCCGACGGCGGUCAAAUUUGUUUGCCUCAAGCAAGAAGGAGGAUGCAGAGAAGAAAUGCAAGAAUGGAGAGCUUGGAAUUGGGAGAGCAAUUCCACUGAAGCAAGGUCAUCUCUACAAGCGUAGCACAAAGGGAUUGAACAAGGAGUGGAAGAAGAAAUAUGUCACCUUGUGUGAUGAUGGUCGCCUCACUUAUCAUCCUAGCCUACAUGACUACAUGGAGGAUAUCCAUGGGAAAGAGAUAUCAUUGAGGUAUACUACUGUGAAAGUUCCUGGGCAAAGACCCCGGGGGAUAUCCAAUGGGGUUAUUGAUUUUGGUGGCCUCUCCAUCUUGGAUAGAUCAAGUGGGAAGAAGGAACCACACCUGGGUAGCACAAAUUCCAAAGUUGCUCUCACUUCUUUUGAGCUCAUCAGGGAUGGCCCUGGAGCCAUCCGCUCAGCAUCGCUUGUAAACUGUGAUAAUGUCCUGCAAGGGAAUGCUGAUACCUCUAAGAAUGAGACUUCAAAUGUGAAGAAGAAACACCGACGGAUGAAAAGCAGCCUCAAUCGCAAAGCUGAUGAUGGAGAUGAUUCAGAUGGCUAUGAAUUCCUUCUCGUAUCGUGUGAUAACAAGACGUGGCAGUUUGAGGCAGCCAAUAGUGAAGAGCGUGACGAAUGGGUAUCAGCUAUUGAACAAUGCAUUCUCAAUUGCCUUCAGUUGAAUGAGACAGGGAAGGCAAAAGGAAGACCACCAGCUGAUCCAUCUGCAAUCCUCUCCCUGCGGCGAGUUGUGGAGGGGAAUCUUGCUUGCUGUGACUGUGAUGCUCCUAACCCAGACUGGGCCAGCUUGAAUUUGGGGACAUUGAUCUGCAUUGAAUGCUCAGGGAUCCAUAGAAAUCUAGGUUCUCAUAUCUCUCGAGUCCGCAGCUUGGACCUGGAUGAAUGGCCGCCAGGGCACUUGAGUGUGAUGAUGGCCCUGGGAAAUCGAAUAGCCAACAGCAUCUGGGAAAGCAACGUGCAGGGCCGCAAUAAGCCCAGUCCCAAUUCCAGUCGAGACGAAAAGGAGCGCUGGAUCCGGGCCAAAUAUGAAGAGAAGCUAUUCCUUGCCCCUCUUAGCACCCCUCAUGUUCCCUUGGGACAACAGAUCCUGGAUGCUGUCUGCAGGGGAGACGUGAGGCAUGUGGCACUGCUUCUAAGUCAUGCCGAACCCGAACACGCCAGCACGUGUGUGAGCCCCCGAGAUCCUCGAACCCCUCUGCACAUUGCUUGUGCCAUGGGGAAUCUUCCUAUCACUCAACUCCUCCUUUGGCAUGGAGCAAAUCCCAGUGCAGUUGACCAAGAUGGUCCAACAUGUCUGAGUUAUGCCCGCAGUUCAGGUUCCUCGGAAAUCGUGGACCUGGUGCUUCAGUACCUGAGUGGAGGGACCACGAAGAGCAUCGGGACGGGAAUGGGAACGUUCCCGCUCAGGCGUGGGUCCUUGACCAAGGAAAAAUGCACUAAUCCUUCACCUGCUUCCUAUGAGAAGCUCCCUUCUUCCUUCAUCUAAUACACUUUUUUUGUGUGCAUGUCCUGGUUUAUUUGGACCUUGUUAUUCAUACCACCACAGUGCAAUCACUUCUUGUGUUGAAUUGAGGAGAAAAUGGAAUCUCGUGCUUGCUGCCUCACUUUCUCAGUUGUACUCGUGUGAAGGUUUGAGGGAUGCCACCAUCCCCACCAGCUCUCAGGGAAGGGAUGGGAGAGAUUCCAGCUGGUCUUUAUGAUCUGAGAUUCUUAUUUAUGAAUUCCUUCUUUUUUUUUGCAAGGGAGUGUAGUAACCUGGGAUUAGGUAGAAGGUAGACAGGGUUGGGGAAAAGCAGGAAAAUUGCCCUGCACCCCUCUAAUUUGAGCACUUAUCUUGCCUCUCAUCACUUGCCCUGCCUUGCACCUCAGGAGAGUCCCAAUCCCUCGGCCCCAUGGUCAACCCGUUUCAAUUAAUCGCUUGCGUUCAUCAAACUUGCUCUUUGCGUGUUCAGAUGCGUCUCAGGCAAGAUGAUUGUUGUCAUUUCCAUGGGUGUUUGCUGUCUGAAGCA